AUGCUUUAUUAUUGGCAGGAGUACUCGCAGUCCGUUGCAAGCUUUGAGAAAGAUUCAGUGUUUCCUUAUGGCUUAUCCGAAGACUCUCCUGAAUCUGCUUAUUUCCUAUCUGAGCACGGAGAUCCUCCGUACUUACCGUUGUUACUUGAGGAAUUCUCAAUCUGCUGUGGUUCUGUACUUGCACAGGUCCUGGGCAAGCUACUAUUAACUUUGUGUUUGUGCUUGAGUUGCCGCAUUUUACGCCUCUUGUCUCAAACCUACUUCAAAAGCCAAGGCGGACAACGACAUGGGCUCCCGUUACUGGAUCAGGUCGUUUCAAUAGCUUCAGGUGUCGCCUUACUGUGGUGCUUUUUCGGUGUCUUGGGAGCCAUUCCUCUGGGAUUCUCGCUAUGCGUCGGCUUGAUAUUCGUCUGGAAAUCCUCGAAUUCAUCUGCAUCAACGAAUCUUAGUCUCUCCAGCACUGUGGUGCACGCGUUUGUCCUAUGUCUUUCUACACUCGUCUACGGUGAAUGUUACAUGGAUCCCGUUCAGUGGCAUCAAAUUCGUGGCAGCGUCAUGAUUAUAAUCAUGCGCGCUAUUUCCUUUGCACUUGAUUUGCAUCACACGGCACACGUAACCGACGUUCCAUCGGAUGAACUGUAUCCCGACAACUUCGGUUACCGUCAAUACUUACUUUGGCUAUCCUAUACGCUGUGCCCCGCCUCUUUGGUCUUCGGUCCCUGGUUCGAUGUGCAUCAGUACCAUCAGCUGAUCCGCCACCCACCCAAACCAAAUGUGGCUGAGCCGUUGUCUACCUGGUACACACUUUCGGCAUUUUGGCACUCAAUCGUUCAUGCGGCCAAAUCACUCUCAUGUGCACUGUUUUGCCUGCUGUGGUCAACAUGUGUCUCCCAUAUUCUGCUUCCGGACUGGAGCGAACACAUGUGAGUAUGC